GAAGAAAGAAAAGAAAGUGAACAAUUCACAAAAGCAAAAAGCGCGUGAAACAACCAAAAACAUCAACCGCAAAGAUACCAUCCACAAACCACUUUUUUUUUUAUUUAUAUAUCUUUUCAUCACUAUAAUUCACUAAUCACUCUCUCUUGCCAACACAAUUUUGCACACAUCAAACCAAAAUUUCCCACAUUCAAAGGCUUCAAAAUUCGAUGCAUUGGUUUGUAAUUGAUUAAUGGUGAUACUGAACAAUUCGAUUACUACUUGGAUCCGUCAUUUUCUUGCUUGUAUGGGUAAUUGUUUUGGAUGCUGUGCUAAGCCCACGCCAAUCACUGCUGUGGAUGAGCCAUCGAAAGGAUUAAGAAUACAAGGGCGGGAAGUAAAGAAACCUGGCAUAUCGGAUGACUUUUGGAGUACCAGCACUUGUGAUUUGGAGAACAGCGCUAUUCAAUCUCAAAGAAGUGUGUCAUCGAUCAGUGUAUCCAAUGCCAAUCUUAGUAGUAGUGCAAGUGGCAUAAGCAGCAAUGCUGAAUUUGUAAAUCAUGGCUUUCUUCUAUGGCAACAGAGCAGGCUUCAAUGGACUGGAAAUAACACUUCCAGAAAUCAAACGCAACGUAGAUGGGAACGUAAACUAAGUCGGAAUGCAACUUAUGAAGGUCUACUUGGAACGAGAAAUCCUUUUCCUCGGCCCAUUCCUCUCUCUGAAAUGGUUGAUUUUCUGGUCGAUGUAUGGGAGAAAGAGGGAUUAUAUGAUUAAAGAGCUCAACUGGAAAAAGUGUUUCAGUUUUUUUAUUAGUUUCCUUAAUCUCCCUAAGCAUAUAUGACUCGCAAGAGGCAUAUCUGUAAAUAUAAUGAAAAAUCGAAAAGAGAAGAAAAAGAAAAAGAAAAAACGCUUUUAUUUAAUGGUAAUAUGGCAUUUUAGUGAUAAUCAGCUUUCUCCUCCGUUCCCACUUCAAAAAAUUCCAUGUCAAAUGAACCUACAAUAUCGAAGAAACAAUUAUUUACUUUCUUGUUAGUUGAAUGACAGUUUAUUCGUAGAUUUGUCGGAAAGCUUGUCUAAGUCCAGUAGCUGGUAAGGAAAGACAAAAAACAGCAUGUAAUCAUGUUAUUUACAUAUUAAUAGCAAUAAUAAGGGACUUCUGUUACUAAA